CACAGACAGAAUUUUUGCCAUUAAAGGGGUAGAGGACUCAGGCAGUCAACCUGCCGAGGUUAACAAGAUCUCUGAUCUUUCACUGAUCUUGGACUUAGAUCUUUGUGGUUGUUACUGCUGCGGUUGCUUGUUGCUGCUUGAUUGAAUGAUUCUAUCGUGCCGUACCGUACGGGUAGAUAUCUAGACCUUCUAACUACUAGUACGGCAUCUACAAUCAUGAUUAUGAAUACUAAUACUAAUACUACCAAUUGUGGCAUUCUAACUUGCUUCUUGCGUUGGUUUCCUUUCUCUGCUUUGUGGCUAGUUUUGCUCCGCCCUCGACAAAGACGACAGCCGGAUGUGCUUCCUCGACAGAUAUAGAUACAUAGAUAUAGGAUACGUCGUCGCCACCAUCAUCCCGUCGUGACCUGUUCCAACAAACAACAGGUGCAGCCGCAAUAGCUUUGGGCGCUUCCAUCCUCAUCCAACACCCGAGGGCAGCCCAAGCGAUUUCGCUGCAAGGACCCAUGACGGAGCAAUCCGCUCUCAACAAGGCGAACGAAGGAUAUCAAGGUGUCUACUUUGAUCCCAACCACCCCGAUGGAUAUCGCAUUAUUCGGACCGAUUCCAAGACAGGCAAGACUACCAUGACACUCAGUGACGGUGUCCCCACACAAGAAGAAGCCAAAACCUAUACUGCCGCUGUGACUGUUGACGGCAACAACAACGCGUUUGUCUUUGACUUUUCCUUCAAAGGCGGACCCAAGAAUCUCAAAGCAACAUUGGCAGACGACAAGCAAUCUUUAGCAUUUGAAGAUGGCAACAUUUGGACCAAGAAUUAUUACAAAUAUGAUGGCAUUUACAAGGUCACAUCGGGUCCAGGGAGCGAAAACAAAGACGCCUAUCGCGUGAUUCGCAGGAACAAGCCCGACAUUUUGUUGGAGGUCAAUGACACUGGCAAUCCAGCGGAUUCCAAAUCUUGUCCGAUGGGCAAAGUGGGCUCACUACCUUUAGCAUUCCACGUUCCCAACAUACCCUAUUUAUAA